AUGUCGCUCUUCGGCCAGUCCAAGGGCUUCGCCUCGGCCGGCCUCUUCUCGCAGUCGCAGCCGGCGCAGCAGCCGCAGCCGGCGCAGCAAGCCGGCGGCGUCCUCGGCCAAACCAUGGGUGCCGCCGUGAUGCAACCCUCGCAGCAGCCGCAGCAGAUGCCUGCUCUCGCACAGUCGGCGGCGCAGCUGUCGAGCUCGCUCUGGCAGCCCGGAAGGGAGGCUCCGCGUAGGCUCCCAGCUCUCCGUCCGCGGCCGUCUCGUGCUGAUUCUCGGAUAGAUCAAAAGCCCAUCCUCGACCAGAUCAAGCUCGUCACCGACAAAUGGGACCCGUCGAGCGCCAACUGCGUCUUCAAGCACCACUUCUACAACAAGGUGGACGAAGCCCACAUUCCCUUCUACAAGCCCCAGCCCCACGAGGACCCGCGCGAGUGGGAGGAGGCCCUCCAGAAGAAGCCCGCGCCCGGCUUCAUGCCCGUCCUCUGCUCCGGCUACACGGGCGUCGCCGACCGGCUCAAGACGCAGAAGCGGGCCAUAUCCGAGUUCAACACGCGGCUGCACCAGAUCAACGGCAGCCUCGACGCCAUCCUGCAGCGGCACGAGCUCGAGACCGAGGUGCGCGCCCUCGCGGCGCGGAGACGGCAGACGGCCGUCAGCGAGCGGUGCCUGGCGCUCGCCGCGCGCGUGCAGAUCCUCAGGAACCGAGGGUACGCCCUGAGCGGCGACGAGGACGACCUCAAAAACCGGCUGCAGAGCCUCGAGAAGGAGGUCCAGGACCCGUCCCUCGGCGCGAGGGAGGAGGAGCUGUGGAGCCGGCUCAUCGUCCUCCGCGGAUACUCGGAUCGCCUAAACAAGGAGCUCGACAAACCGGCCGGCUCCGACGGCGAGGGCUUGGACGCCGAGACGGAAGCAAAGGCCAAGAGGGUGUUGGAGGACUACGAGAAGCAGCUGCAGCACUUGAAAAAGGAGCUCGAGGCCCUCGGCGUCGACUUUGAUGAGUGGGAGAGGAGCCGGAGCGUGCACGCCAACGCGAGGUGA